GCUAAGCUAAGCAUUGACUGUCUCCGUCCUUGAACACCAAAUUCAUAACUACAGUACAUUACUGCAGGCCAGGUCCACAUCCUCUCUUCGAUCGUCAAAUGGGAUUUCUUUGAUCUACAAUUGCCUUGACGACCUUAGCGAGCUCCGUAGAGGUAGAGCGUGCUUGAAUGUCCAGAGACAGGGAUAGAUUUGAUGAGAUAGGGAAGAAGAUCAAGAGAGAUCUAGAUCCGACAAAAAAUACUGCAGCCUCUGAAUCUGAUCAAACAAUGGGGAGGAGACAUAUAUUGGGUCCUGGUCCUGGUCCUGCUACCUUGAACACCAUCACACCUUGUGCCGCAUGUAAGCUGUUGAGAAGGAGGUGCGCUGAAGAAUGCCCUUUCUCUCCCUAUUUCUCCCCUCACGAACCUCACAAAUUUGCUGCCGUUCACAAAGUCUUUGGUGCAAGUAAUGUCUCCAAGUUGUUAUUGGACGUGCCAGAGAAUCAAAGAUCUGACGCUGCUAAUAGUCUGGUUUAUGAGGCGAAUUUGAGGCUUAGAGAUCCUGUUUAUGGAUGUAUGGGUGCAAUCUCAUCCCUGCAACACCAGAUUCAAUCUCUACAAGCAGAGCUUAACGCAGUAAGGGAACAACUACUCGAAUAUAAAUACAAAGAAGCUGCUGCUAACAUUAUUCAUAUUGCUUCUGCUUCUGCCCAUGAUGAUGAUCAUCAUCUAGCACCUACUUUAGUUUCAUGUGGGGUUGCCUCAAUUGUCAUACCAUCUCCACCACCGCCACCUCCGCAGCAGCCUCGGGCUACCUCUUUUGUCAUUUCCUCGUCUUCCUCUUCCUCUUCCUCUUCGACUACAACUUCUCUAUAUAGCUCAGCAGUAGCCGAUUAUAGUUCCAUUCCAAGGGACAAUGAGAAUGUUCCAUAUUUUGAAUAAAUUAAAUUAAUGGAUUUACAGACUCCGAAAUUCCAUUUUCUGUAAUUUCAAUUGCGUUAGUUUUUUGGUGAUGAAUAUUCAUCUUGUUACAGGAAUCGUCGAGUUGUUUUAUGUACAGAUCCCUGGUUCCAUGUUUUUCUAGUGGAAGGCCGAGUUAAUUGUUUUC